CCUAAAACCUAACGAGCAAUAUUAACACAGAACUUAGAACGGAGGCGCAGCACAGAGCUUGAGAGAGAGAGAGAGAGAGAGAGUCGCCGUUGCAGCAACAAAAGGAAAAAAAUGGCGGACAAGGCAGUGACUAUUAGAACUAGGAAGUUCAUGACCAAUAGGCUUCUUGCAAGGAAACAAUUCAUUAUUGAUGUCUUGCAUCCUGGAAGAGCCAAUGUUUCCAAGGCUGAGUUGAAAGAGAAAUUGGCAAGGAUGUAUGAAGUGAAAGACCCAAAUGCCAUCUUUGUGUUCAAGUUCAGGACCCACUUUGGAGGAGGCAAAUCUACUGGAUUUGGUUUGAUCUAUGACUCUGUUGAGAACGCAAAGAAGUACGAGCCCAAGUACAGGUUGAUCAGGAAUGGAUUAGACACUAAGGUGGAGAAGUCAAGGAAGCAAAUGAAGGAGCGCAAAAACAGAGCCAAGAAAGUUCGUGGUGUCAAGAAGACCAAGGCUGGAGACGCUAAGAAGAAGUGAUCUAUUACUAAUUGUAGACGAAGCGGGAAAAAUGUUUUGCCUAGAUAUGCGUUAUCAUUUGUGUUUAUGUGGGGACCUUUUUGUAGGCUCUUUUCAAUUUUGCUUGGGUUACUCUAAUAUAAUUUGCAUGUUCAAGUACUGAUCAUCAAAAUUGAGUGGAUGUUUAAAAUAUUCUUCUCUUCCA